AUGCUCGAUCUACUUCAUGACCAGCAAAAACAAGGAUUGCUGAAGAUCGAACUAGCUGCUACUGUGGAUGCCGGCUUACCUCUUGUGCAAACAACCUAUCACCUAGAAGGUGAUGGACCACUUGUACUUACCUGCUUUGAAGAGGUCGAUAAGGUAUUCAAAGCAAUCCAGGUUGCACAUUUUCCCAACCUCAAUGGGGUUGCAGACAGACUCUCACAAGGACACAACACUAACAAGCAGCAGUUAGUGGCUUACGGAGUUUCGUGUGUAAAGCCAGCUUUUGAUUACUUUGUCCUAAAGUUUAUGAACGAGCUAAAACCUGUUUUCGAUGCCUUCAAAGCUGCCCAAUUGUUCUGCCUCACAAAGUCAUGA